AUUCCGCUCCGCGCUACUGUGAAGCCCGGCCGGAGCUAAGCAGUUGGUACCACCUCCCAUCUGCCAAGAUGUGCUGCCUUACUAGAGUCCCAAAGCAAAGGCCCAAAAUGCCUCCAGUCUUGGACUGGACCCCGCAGGACUGUGAGCCAGCUUUACAAGUGAAUUAUCUCAGGUUUUUCGUGAACUUUCCCUCGGCCAAGCAGUAUUUCAGCCAGUUCAGACACAUGGAGGAUCCGCUGGAAAUGGAGCGAAGCCCCCAGCUCCGGAAGCAUGCCUGCCGCGUCAUGGGGGCCCUCAACACCGUGGUGGAGAACCUGCACGACCCCGACAAGGUGUCCUCCGUGCUGGCCCUCGUGGGCAAAGCCCACGCCCUGAAGCACAAGGUGGAGCCCGUGUACUUCAAGACCAUCUCUGGAGUCAUUCUGGAGUUGAUCGCCGAGGAGUGUGCCAAUGACUUCCCGCCAGAGGCGCAGAGAGCCUGGGCCAAGCUGCGUGGUCUCAUCUACAGCCACGUGACCGCUGCCUACAAGGAAGUGGGCUGGGUACAGCAGGUCCCCAACGCCACCAUCCCACCCGCCACGCUGCCCUCUUCGGGGCCAUAGGAGCCCUCCCAGGUCCCCCUCCCUGGCAGCACCUUGAGCAGAAGGCCGAGUUCUGAAGACCCUCCUUGACCCUUCAUUUCUGGGUGCCAAGGAAGCUGGAAGAACCCCGACUUGUCUUCCCUGAAGGAGGCCUCCGCCGCGGCCGCAGUCCCCUGAGCUGCCAGGAGAUGGCGCUGGCUGCCUGGAUGCUGACCCCCUGGAUGCUGCCUGCAGCAGGGCGGGCAGGGACACUUCCACCUUGCAGAGUGGGGUCCACUCUUAGCUUUUCUACUCACUGUUAGAGGAGGACCUAGCUGAGCGGCUGGCGGGAAGUGGGGAUGGGUCUGUGAGUCACUCGGGAAUGAACCAGCUCCGUUUCAUCGUGCCUGGCCAGCAUGCAGGUCUACACCUCACCAUCUAGAGUAUCACGCACACGUGUCUACCAUAUACUAUACGGAUAUAUUCUAUAUACAAUCGCUAUAAAUAUAUAUAUAUAUAUGUAUAUACACACAUAUAUAUAUAUGUACACACACACACACACACACACAUCUACCGUGUGUGUCUGCAGCCCGGGACUCUCAGUCCCACCCACCCACGUGUGAGGCCUGGGCACCCUGGUCACACUUGUAGGCAGAGUGUUCUGGAGCAGGUACAGUCCAGCAGCGCAAAGGAUGAAGUCUGGUGUGACCCAGUUGGGCCGGUUCCCCACAUUUCCUGCUUUCCACUUCCGGAAAGAAAAAGGACUUGACUCCCCUAAGCCAAGGGUUUGAUUCCCAGACUUGCCCUAGAAUUGGCAAGGGCAGAUGAGGGGCCCAGAAGUUCCCCAUGGGGUGACCACUGGGGCGGGAGGGACCUGGAAUGCCAGCCCACCUGCAGAGGGCCACGGGGCCUCCCCUGGCUCACCCUGCCCUCCUGGCUGCCAGCUGGUCCUGUCCACCUACCUGCCUCAUCCUCACUGGACACUACCUGGUCACAGGUAUCAUCCGAGGGUGGCCCGCUGCUGUGACUCCCGGUCCCGCGUCCCCUCCUGUCCAUCCUCAUGCUGUCAUCGUGCAACUGCCUGUCCUCCUUUUGUAGUUUCUGAUGUUUGUAACCAGACCCAUCUGUGUCAUUAAACAGACCCGUUCUUCCUGUAUCCGUGCACUCACUCUUCCGUC